AUGUCUGCUGAGCUAGCCCUUGCCAUCAUCCCUUUAGGUAUUAAAGUUUGCUCUGGCUUGUCAUCCUAUUUUGGAAGCCUGAAUGACUAUAGACAAGAUGUUAGCCGCCUCGCUCGCCAAACUCGGGCUAUGGAGAACAUCUUUAGGGACCUCGAGGUAUUACUAGAGCGAAGUCAACUUGACCCCCAGAUCCUUGCUUCGGCCGUCGGGGCUAGAAGCCUUUUGGAAGCUUGUAAAUCUGGAUUACAAGAGUUGCAGGAACUGGAACAAAAGCUUAGCAUCCCUAUUAAACCAAGUGCCAAAGCUCUAGGCAAGACAAAAGCAAGAUUUGCGAAAUUCUCCUACCCCCUUCGAAAAUCACACAUUUUGAAACUCCAGACCGCUCUAGAUACCAUUUGCAUACCGCUUCAGCUCGCUAUUGAGAAACUCCACAUAGAUAUCGGACUCUCGACAAGAAACAGUUCACUAGAAGUGCUAACAGCACUUCAACAGACGUCAGGUCUUGUGUCAAGUCUCACAGCAACUACACAUAGUCUGGCUUCACCAGUAGGGGAGGUCAGCGCAGCACUUCCUAUCCUUCAGAGUUCGGUAGACGCGAUAAAUCCGUAUAUCACUAGUGCAAUCCAAUCAUAUAUGGAGCAGACUCAGCUAGCUAUACGACAGGCUGACGCAGCAGCACGUGAACGGGCUGAAGCUACGAACAAGCUGAUCAUGGACCUGCAAACUAGGGAACCAGGCGCAGAAUCUACAGUUCUUUGUCCAAGAGCAAAGUCAAAUCCGCCUACUAGCCUUUCUCAUUCUGGUGUAUUCUGUUCUUGUCGCGUACAACGAUUACGGACAUAUCGAGGGGGCUCCUAUGGGCCUUUAUAUGUCUUUAAUGAAUGUAAUACUGUCGUCAAGCACGAAAACAGCUGCCCGCUUUGCGGACCUAUAUCAGAAUUUGAGAAAUCUCAAGGUUUGCGUGUUACUUUUUCUAAUGCGCUCAUUCAAGGAGCCUUACAGCUGUGCUUCUACACAAAGAAGGGUACAGGCGGGUUCAGUAUCAGCCCUGGACUCGCCUUUUCACCUAUCGUUGAUAGACGGCAGGGAUUAGCAUGGCGACUCUUAUCUUACGGAGGCUAUUGCGUGGUUCGGGCUUUUAGCCAUCCCAGGCCUGCUGCGACGACAGAAGCUAUGUUAAGGGUGAUCCUUUCCAAGUUGAGACUGUUCUUCAGCUACAGAAAGGCGAGCCCAAUUGAGGUUGACAUAGAGAAUAACUCUCUUCUCCACGAACUCGCAAAACUAGUAAACUUGUGGUUUGCAGGCAUGCAAACGAGAAACAGAUUUAGCGCACAAACCGAUAUGUUGGCCCGGUGUCUCCCGGUUAUGGAAGAGCUCGUGAAUUUCAUUAUCUCAGCAGGAUCCCCGUUGUCAACUCGUAAUCGUCAAGGACACUGCAUACGGGAUUAUUCUCCCAACUUCGCUCCAGACGGCAUUUCACGCAGAUGGGGCAAAUUUGGAACUCAACGCGAAUAUCGACCAGCCAUACAAUGGGACUAUGACUUGGAGGAGAAGCCUACUCCCAAAAAUUCUCAAGAACUCUGCUUUACAACAAGGAAACGCGGAAUUGUUCCAUGGACCCUUGAUAACGGCGAUCCUUAG